AUGUGCACAGAGGUCACCCUGCUCCAGCGAGGAUGUAGCGGUUGGUCGCUUAGUUGGGUAUCGUUUUAACACUACAUAGGUGUCGAGCUGCCCCCCGAAACGUGCUGUUUUUCGGCAGUAGGCUAGUCGGGUUUGCAGGUCGCUGUGUUCAGGCAGUGAAGCCGGCAUGCCGCGGUCUUGGUUUGAAAGCGUCGCGGCUCAGCAGGGGUUGCAAUGCUGAGAGGAGACUAACACACAGGUAGCUAAAGCAUGGAUGCUGUCCUGAGCAGACUGAAGGGGUUAACUCCAGAAGAGCUCCGUGAGGAGAUCCUCGGCAUGGGGAUGAAUUGCGGGCCUGUCACUGCUACCACUCGAUCCAUUUUUGAAAGGAAGCUGGCCCGAGCCAUACAGGAAAGCCAGGGAGGGGAAAGUGAGAGGAGCGAUACUUCAGAGUCAGUCCCUGGAAACUGCCAAUCCACCCCGAGCGUCAUCAUCACCGGCGCCACUCCCACAGACCCUGCCUGCUCCAGCGCACAGCCGCCAGCGCCUACUGACGAGGGGGACUUCGGCUAUGGUGUAGGGCUGAAUCCCCCUGAGGAAGAGGCCUUGCUGGACCAGGCAGGGUGUUCUGGCAGUCUUGGGGGAGAUAGUUCACAGGCAUCUGCUCCGACCCCUUCGACAGGACCGCCGCUAUCCCCACCGCUCUACUAUGGAGUCUGCCCAGUGUGGGAUGAUAUACUGGCAAGAAAUGACAGGGUCCAUGUUUAUGCUGAUAAGAAAGAAGCUCUGCAGGUAGUGAAGUUAAUGAAAGGCUCCCGAUUCAAAGCGUUCCCCAACAGGGAAGAUGCUGAAAAGUUUGCCAAAGGAAUCUGUGAUUACUACCCCUCUCCCAGCAAGUCCUCCUUCUGCGUGUCUCCAGUGAAAGUGGGCAUGGUGUUCAGCAAAGACGGCACGUCUUCCCUGGAGGCAGAAACCAUGAACCGAGAGAAAGCCAACAGCUUCAAAAGCCCUCGAACGCAAGACCUCACUGCCAAGCUCAGGAAAGCAGUGGAGAAAGGUGACGAGACCACCUUCAGUGAGCUUGUCUGGAGCAAUCCUCGCUAUCUCAUUGGCUCUGGAGAUAACCCAACAGUUGUGCAGGAAGGGUGCCGUUAUAAUGUCAUGCACGUUGCUGCCAAGGAGAAUCAGCCAGGUAUCUGCCAGCUCCUAUUGGACACCCUGGAGAAUCCAGACUUCAUGCGUCUCAUGUACCCUGACGAUAGUGAAGUCAUGCUGCAGAAACGCAUCUGUUACAUUGUGGACCUGUACCUCAAUACACCAGACAAAGUGUUAUUUGAAACCCCUCUUCAUUUUGCUUGUAAGUUUGGCAAUCUGGAGGUGGUGAAUGUUCUGUGCUCACACCCAGGUAUUGAGAAGCAUGGCAUGAACAAGUAUGAUCAGGAUCCAGCUGAUGUGAUUUGUGAAAGAAGCAAAAAUAAAUCACGAGAACUUAUACAGAAGAUCAGAGAUUAUUUGGAAGAUCGCUGGUACAUACCGUUACUGAGAGCUACAGACAACUCUUCCCCAGCUGUGAUUGGUGCUCCCUGGUCACCUGACCCAUCGGACACCGCUUCCAAUUCAUUCCUCUCCAGACUCGCAUGCAGUCCUAAAGAUCCUGUCAUGACCGUGAGAGCUUUUGCUGGGCCACUUAGCCCCUCAAAGGCAGACGAGUUCCGCAGAGUGUGGAAGACUCCUCCUCGCGACAGGGCUGGGCACUAUCACCACGUCAGGAAGUCUGAUGCGGAGCGAGGCACCGAGCGAGUCGGCAGGGAUUUGGCUCAUGAAAUGGGACAUCCAUGGGCUGAAUACUGGGAGUUUAUUGGCUGUUUCAUUGAUCUGGCUUCCGCUGAAGGGCUUCGAAAACUAGAGGAGCAUCUGAGCAAGAAAGAUUUAAGUGAAAGGGUCCAGCGGGAAGCAGGGGAAAACGAGACCAGCAAUAGGUUCAAAAGCCCAUCUCCUUCUGGUAAAUCUAAAAAAAUCUGCAAUUCCGUCUCGGUGGGUGCUUUUCUGGAAGACGACGAUGACGAAAUGAGUUUAGAGGAAAUCAAAAACCGACAGAAUGCUGCCUUAACAAACAUCACGGCAGUCUGCGGGAAAGACGGCAGCAUUGGGGCGGCUGGAGGUCUGGAGUGCCAUAUCCUUCCAAUCACACACAGCGCUGAUCUUAUUGAAACCGCAGCCGAGCAGAGCAGGCAUCGACCCGAGAAAGCCACAGUCCCCUUGAACAAGAACGGCUUUUACUCCCCUGUAAGCAACGAGAAAACGCCCAACGCAAAUCGCCCAUCCCAGAGCUCUGCAGACGGCCUCCUCUCGCCGGUCUCAAACUUAAUGAUAGAGUUUGAGAAGCUGUCGCUGGAGAGUAAGGACAGCGAGCAGGGACAGUCGGGAAAGAAGAGCAGAGGGAGACAUGAAGACGGCUUGGACCCGUGCACGUCGAUGACCUCAGAGAUGGGCCACUUAGGUUUUCUUGAGAAUGAAGGAAACGUCUUUGAGAAGGCGAGGGACUCCUGUGAGAGCGAGAUGGAGGUGGAGGUUGAGGCGGAGGACAAAUCUAGCACAAGCUCAGAAGAGUGGUUCUCGACAGAGGAAACUCUAGAAGGGAUAAACUUAAGGAUAGCAAGAACAGCUGCCUCUGAACUGGGGGGCUGUGCAAGACCUCACUCUUGGGACCAAGGGGGGAAAGACUUAAGCAGUUCGAGUUCAAGCAGUUCCUCUUAUAAAUCUCUUGACAACUUUCAGGAUGAGUUUAUAUUGAGGACUCCACCGAAUUUAAAAAACAAAGGCCUUUUCAUUGCUGGGGAUGAACCAACGAAGUUGGACAGUGAUGUUCUGGUGGCGGUCGGAGGCGUUGAGAUUGACCCACAGAAAUACCCAACGAUUCACAAGUGGAAGCACACGGUUCUCUCCUACUCUUCCUCUGAUAUGCAAAGCUGGCCGAGCCCCGCGGUACUGAAAGGGAGGCCUGCACCUAAGAUGUUCUCUUCAGGCUCGCCGGGCGGCAGCAGCAUGUUCUCCUCUCCUAACAAGUACAGCCCUGGGAAACACAGCAGCUCCUCCCUGGGGUUCGGAGCAGACUUCGGGAGUCCAGGACGCUACAGUCCGGCACACGCCAGCCACGUCCAGCUGCUGAGACUGAAGCACUUCAGCGAGCCAAGCAACUAGAGGGUGUGAGGGAGAGGGGAGGGGGACACACUGGGGCAUUGAUUACUCAAUAACAUCUAUCAGAACAGGUAGUUUACAAGAUAUGCACAACAGUGUGUGUGAGGGAGAGGGGAGGGGGGAACACACUGGGGCAUUGAUUACUGAAUAAUAGCUGUCAGACUGUGUAGUUUACACAGUAUGCACAACAGUGUGUGUGAGGGAGAGGGGAGGGGGGAACACACUGGGGCAUUGAUUACUGAAUAAUAUCUGUCAGACUGUGUAGUUUACACAGUAUGCACAACAGUGUGUGUGAGGGAGAGGGGAGGGGGGAACACACUGGGGCAUUGAUUACUGAAUAAUAUCUGUCAGACUGUGUAGUUUACACAGUAUGCACAACAGUGACGUUUCUCUUGCAUAUCUAUAUAAAUAUCUGUGUGUGCUUUAACAGUGGAAAGGUGUGUUACUACCCUUCAUCCAAGCUCUUUAAACUGUAAGUAUAAAAAUGACAAUGGGAGAUUUAUUUUGUAUGAAUGUGAAAGCAAGGCCCGUUGUAUACUAGCACACUUGCAAUCUGUUCCAGUACUCUGUCCUGAUUUAAAAUCACAAUGUAUUGUCACUCACAGUGAUAAACCAGUCGUCAAUAAACGCCAAAACAGCA